UUCUGACUGCACCGAAAAUGUCAUGAAAAAAAAAAAAGGGCAACUGACAGAAGAGAGAACUUGUCCUCAGAUUCCUGCUUUUUGCAGCAGCUUAAACUAAGUCUCUGCAAGUGCUGCGGGAGCUGGCAGGAGGCGGACAUGAAGUUCAGAGGCGCGGGAGCGGGGACCAACGGCAUCCGGCUGACCAUGGAGAGCGCUCUGACAGCCCGCGACCGCGUCGGGGUGCAGGACUUCGUCCUGCUUGAGAACUUCACCAGCGAAGCAGCGUUUAUUGAAAAUCUGCGUAAGCGCUUCAAGGAGAACCUGGUCUAUACGUACAUUGGCUCGGUUCUGGUAUCUGUUAAUCCAUACAAGGAACUGGAGAUCUACAGCAAACAGAACAUGGAGCGAUACCGCGGUGUCAGCUUCUACGAAGUUUCUCCUCACCUCUACGCUAUUGCGGACAAUUCGUAUCGCUCCCUGCGCACGGAGAGGAGGGAUCAGUGCAUUCUGAUCUCCGGGGAGAGCGGCGCUGGCAAGACGGAGGCCACCAAGAAGAUCCUGCAGUACUACGCCGUGACCUGUCCCGCCAGUCAGCAGGUCGAAACCGUGAAGGACCGCCUGCUACAAUCCAACCCCGUCCUGGAGGCCUUUGGAAAUGCAAAAACCCUUCGGAAUGACAACUCCAGCCGAUUUGGGAAAUACAUGGAUGUGCAGUUUGAUUACAGGGGGGCUCCUGUUGGGGGCCACAUCUUGAACUACCUCCUGGAGAAAUCCCGAGUUGUGCACCAGAAUCACGGAGAGAGGAACUUCCACAUUUUCUACCAGCUCCUAGAAGGAGGGGAAGAGGACUUACUGCGGAGGCUGGGCCUCGAAAAGAACCCACAACAGUAUCACUAUUUAGUAAAGGGUCACUGUGCAAGGGUCAGCUCCAUAAAUGAUAAAAACGAUUGGAAGAUUGUGCGAAGAGCCCUGUCCAUUAUAAGCUUCAAUGACAACGAGGUGGAGGAUUUACUGAGCAUUGUGGCUAGCGUUCUGCACCUGGGGAACGUGCAGUUUGCGGCUGAUGAGCAGGGAAGUGCUCAGGUCACUACAGAGAAUCAGAUCAAAUACCUGGCUAGGCUUCUAGCAGUUGAGGGCUCUGUUCUUCGAGAUGCCUUGAUCCACAAGAAGAUCAUCGCAAAAGGGGAAGAGCUUAUCAGUCCUCUGAACCUGGAGCAGGCGGCCUACGCAAGGGACGCGCUGGCCAAGGCAAUAUACGGGCGCACUUUCUCCUGGCUGGUGAACAAGGUUAACAAGUCUCUCGCUUACAAGGAAGGAGAGUUUCCAGGCUGGAGAAGUACAACAGUUCUAGGAUUGCUUGAUAUCUAUGGAUUUGAGGUUUUCCAGCACAACAGCUUUGAGCAAUUUUGUAUUAAUUAUUGUAACGAAAAACUGCAGCAGCUCUUCAUCGAGCUCACGUUGAAGUCGGAGCAGGAGGAAUACGAGUCAGAAGGCAUAGCGUGGGAACCAGUUCAGUAUUUCAAUAACAAAAUAAUCUGUGAUUUGGUGGAAGAGAAAUUCAAAGGCAUCAUUUCUAUUCUGGAUGAAGAGUGUCUGAGACCUGGGGAUGCCACAGAUACAACGUUCUUGGAGAAACUGGAGGAAACUGUGAAGAACCACCCUCAUUUUCUCACGCACAAGCUCGCUGACCAAAAGACUCGCAAGUCGCUGGGGCGGGAGGAGUUUCGGCUUUUGCACUAUGCUGGAGAGGUCACCUACAGUGUUGCAGGUUUUCUAGAUAAAAACAAUGACCUCCUCUUUCGGAACCUGAAGGAGACCAUGUGCAACUCUGAGAACCCUAUCAUAAAUCAGUGUUUUGACAGGACGGAGCUGACAGACAAAAAGAGACCUGAAACGGCAGCAACUCAGUUUAAAAACAGCCUCUCCAAACUCAUGGAAAUUCUGAUGUCCAAAGAACCCUCCUACAUUCGUUGCAUUAAACCUAACGACGCCAAACAGGCUGAUCGAUUUGAUGAAGUUCUAAUCCGACAUCAAGUGAAAUACCUAGGGUUGAUGGAGAACCUCAGAGUGCGCAGAGCUGGGUUUGCGUAUCGAAGAAAAUACGAAGUUUUCCUGCAGAGGUACAAGUCACUUUGUCCAGACACGUGGCCGACAUGGGACGGGCGGCCCCACGACGGCGUGGCCGUGCUGGUGAAGCAUCUGGGCUACAAACAGGAAGAAUACAAAAUGGGACGAACAAAGAUUUUUAUCCGCUUUCCCAAGACCUUGUUUGCAACGGAAGAUGCUCUGGAAGUGAGGAAGCAGAGUCUGGCAACAAAAAUGCAGGCCACGUGGAGAGGCUUCUACCGUCGAAAGAAAUUCCUGCACAUGAAGCACUCAGCAAUAGUGAUCCAGUCCUGGUGGCGGGGAACCCUGGGGCGCCGGAAAGCUGCCAAGAAGAAGUGGGCAGUUGAGACUAUCAGAAGGUUCAUUAAAGGUUUUAUUUACCGGAACCACCCUCGCUGCCCAGAGAACGAGUAUUUCCUUGAUUACAUCCGCUUCUCCUUCCUGAUGAACCUCAAGCGUAAUUUACCAAAAAACGUUUUGGACAAAUCGUGGCCAACGCCGCCGCCGUCGCUCUGCGAGGCAUCCCAGCUCCUGCGGCAGCUCUGUAUGCAGAACAUGGUCUGGACCUACUGCAAGAGAAUCAGCCCAGAGUGGAAGCAGCAGUUGGAACAAAAAGUAGUUGCCAGUGAGAUUUUUAAGGGCAAAAAAGACAAUUACCCUCAGAGCGUUCCCAGACUCUUCAUCAACACGCGACUCGGUAACGAAGAGAUAAAUGCCAAAGUCCUUCAGGCUUUAGAGAGUGAAGCAAUUAAGUAUGCAGUUCCUGUGAUCAAGUACGACCGGAAAGGAUACAAAGCAAGAGCACGGCAGCUGCUUCUUACGCAGAACGCAGCCAUCAUAGUCGAAGAAUCCAAAAUCAAACAACGGAUCGACUACGCCAAUCUGACAGGCAUCUCCGUCAGCAGCCUGAGCGAUAACUUGUUUGUGCUGCACGUGCACUGUGAGGACAACAAACAGAAGGGAGAUGUCGUACUUCAGAGCGACCACGUGAUCGAGACGCUGACAAAAACAGCCAUGCAGGCAGGCAAGGUCAAUAACGUCAACAUCAACCAGGGCAGCAUAAAAUUCACAGUUGGGCAAGGCAAAGAAGGCAUAAUUGACUUUAUAUCGGGAUCAGAACUGCUUAUAGCCAAAGCCAAGAACGGCCAUCUAACAGUGGUCGCGCCUCGUUUGAAUUCUCGAUGAUAAAUCGCGCCACCACGACAGGACCUUUCCUCCAUCAGGCUGACCGCACCCCACAGAACGGGCCGGACCUUGCUUCCAGCCAAAUCCCCCCUUCCUCGCUUCGCUCAUUUUGUUUAUCGUUACCAAAGACCUGCACUUUCAGGAAAACCACAAAAAUACAUCUUGCUUUCUUGUCUUAAUACGAACGUCCCAAAAGAAAGGCCUUCUCUUCCUUACUUUAGUGGCAAACACAUGGGUCCAACGCAAUGUCUGUGCACCCGUGGCUCAUGGAACACAUGCAGCUGGGCUUUGAGGGAGAGGUAGCUCCAGCUCGGUUAGAGUUUAAGCCCUGAUGGAAACGACCAAUGUUUGUGCUUGUCGUCACCAAAAAAGCACAAUCAGAAAACAAGUAACUGCUGCUUCGUCAGCCAAAGCAAUGAAAUGCCAAACUUUAUAUUCAGAAAGAAUGUUUUAUGAAGAAUUUUGCUCCGAGACGUUUUGAUGCUUUGUGUUACAAUAUAUUAAAGCCAUAUUGUGUAAAUGAGUAAAACCCUGUAAAUAUAGCUCAGUAUGAGAUGCACUACAAGAAAUGGAGUUGAUGUGGAAACUUUUGUUUUAGAUUUGGAAUUUUUAUUGGUUUUAGUUUAUGAUUAUAAGGUAUUAACCUGAGAAACCCAUCCUGUAACUUCUUCACUGAUCUGGACCCAGAGACUCUUACCUUUUUGAAGUCACCUGUCCCAUUUCUUGCUCUGUGGUGAUAUUUUUAUACCGUAGGAACUUUUUCAUAUCCACACAUCCAACCUGUAAGUAACAGGAACUGCAGAGGCCACCCCUCCUGCGCCGCUCCAGGCUGGCAACGAGCCCUGUGGCCCCUGGCGCCAGGAUGCACGCGAGCCCCCUCCCACCACGUACCUGUCCGGCGUCAUCACUGCCCCUUCCCCCACACAGCUCCUUAGGCUCAGAGCAGCACCUUCAGAAAAAGUUGCUUUUCCUCUUGUGUUUAGCAAUAACUGGAAGUUUGAGUUCCCACGAUAAAACUCCACACUUGCCACAAAUGCCUCUCAGUACUGCCUUAAAGAGGAAGAGACGGCCAGUUCAGCACUGCUGGCGUUACUGACCAACUGCUGACGGCUCCCUGGCACGGCCGCAUCUUCCGAAGCGAGCUGUGCCGCUUCGGGUCUAACCCGGCGCUAGACCGACACACCUUUUGAACGCUACCUGGUCUCAGACUGCCUCGCAGAGGUUAAUCCUAAGCACCUUCAUUUAACAGAGAACCCAAAUGGCUACAGGGUGGACAGCUCUGCGUCGGACACCUGCUGACAGCAAAUCACAGCUCCGGCUUCCAUUUCCAAGGCCUAGACCUCAAACGGUGCAUUUUGCGCUCCUUCAUGUCCCGCCUCUAUCCUGAUGCGGCGGCAACAACAGUUCCAGUAAGCCCCAAAUAAAAUACAGCCAAACGUGUUGCCACUCACAGACGAUCAGCUCUGUCUCCCUCGUUUUGGUCCCUGCCAUUACGCCGUUCUCCAACACUGCCCCAGGCCUGGAAUGCUGUACACACUGUAGGACACACACACCACCCCACUGUCUGUGCUAGGUGUAUAUACGAUACAAUGCUGUAUACGCUACUAUAUAACCUCUUCAAGACUACACUCAAUAAAUUUUUACAGAAGGAAA